ACAAACUACAAAAAUAUCCAGGAGACGAUCAGUUGAUAAAUCGUGCGUAAAUUCGUAAUGCGCAAUCCUGAGCUUAAUCCUUAGAAAUAAAUCAAUUAUCCGAGGUGACAUGAGACGAAUGCACGCGUAAAAUAAAUAAUUAAAUAAAUAAAUCAGGCCUGGGGGGGAAAGGGAUUGGAAACGGUCAAUUUACUCGUCGUGAUGUCAGCGAGUUUUAGGUGCUUGUGGAGAAUGCCUGAGUAGUUGCGGUCUGGCUCUGCCUCACCAAUGACGGUCUCUCCAUGUUGCAUGUCCUUCAGUUCGGCGUGUGGCUUCUUAAAUUGCCAUCACGGAUUCCGAUUUGGAAGCAAAUCGAGCCGGUGGGCUGCUCGUCCUGCGGCUCACAGUCGGCCAAACCGCGGUGCUGUCGUGCCAAGCGCGCGGAGCUGUCCAACAACUUUAUGCGCGACAUGGAGUGCCGAGUGCUGUCCAUCCAGAGUCAUGUAGUCAGGGGCUACGUGGGCAACAAAUCUGCGUCCUUCCCUUUACAGGUGAUGGGUUUUGAAGUGGACUCCAUCAACUCAGUACAGUUCUCCAACCAUACAGGUUAUGCACACUGGAAGGGGCAGGUAGUGACGGCGGACGAGCUCCACGUGCUGUAUGAGGGAAUCAAGCUCAACAACGUCAAUCACUAUGACUACGUACUCACAGGUUACACCAGGGACACGUCUUUUUUGGAGAUGGUGGUGGACAUUGUACAGGAACUGAAGAUGGCUAAUCCUAAUCUUGUAUACGUGUGUGACCCUGUCCUGGGUGAUCAUGGUUCAAUGUAUGUGCCUCAGAAUCUAUAUCCGGUCUAUAAGGACAAAGUGGUACCAGUGGCAGAUAUCAUUACACCUAACCAGUUUGAGGCAGAGCUUUUGACAGGAAAGAAUAUCAGCACGGAGAAAGAUGCAGUAGAGGUGAUGGACUUGCUCCAUAAUAUGGGUCCGGACACAGUGGUGAUCACCAGCUCUGAUCUGCCACCACGCCUUGGAGACCGCUUCCUUGUUUCACUCGGCAGUCAACGCAUUGUGAUGCCGGACGGCACGUUCACCACCCAACGGAUCAGGAUAGAGGUGCCCAAAGUAGACGCGGUGUUUGUUGGGACGGGCGAUCUGUUUGCUGCUAUGCUAAUGGCUUGGACACACAACUACCCAACAGACCUGAAGAUGGCGUGUGAGAAAACCUUCUCCGUCAUGCACCAUGUUAUUCAGAGGACCAUUUCUUAUGCCUUCGAGAUGGCAGGUCCUGGAAAAAAACCAAGCCCGGCUCAGCUUGAGCUGAGAAUGAUUCAGAGCAAAGCAGACAUCGAGGAUCCAGCCAUCGUAAUGGAGGCCACUGUUCUAUAGAAACUCCACACACACACACACACACACACACACACCAUUCCCCUCUUCCCUAUACCACAAUCGCACAAUGUAUAGAUGUUGUACAUUUUUGGAUCUGUAAUGUGACAUUGCCUUAGAAAUCUUGAACAGAGCACAACAUUUCAUUCGGAGGGAGAAAUAGCAGGGUACGGCCACAUCGACGAGCAGCAGAGAGAGAGAGAGAAAGAGAGAGAACGAGAAUGACAGAAUGCUGUGAUGAAAGAGAGGAAAGAGAGAAAAAUCUCUUUUUUUUUCUUUCAGCUAUUUUCCUCUCUAACUCAGUCUCCUUCUCUGAGCUCAACUCAAACUCCUGUUUGUCCUGCACAUUGAAGAAGCAGUCAAAUAAAAGUCUCAUCAGAUUUACCUGAACUUCUAUGACUGAAACAAGCUUCGAGUGAAUCGUUAAUUAGCAUAUCAUCACACCGUCAUCACUCAUGGAUGUGUGUUUCCUGGACAUUUUGUUCUCAUUAAAUCUUCACAAUAACGUUUCAUGUGAUAAACUAAGUCUAAAAAAAAGCUUUGGAUGUCCCUCUUGCGUAGAUGUGCAGGGAAAAAAUACUGUGAUUUGUUAGUUAAUUGCAUGAAAAGAUGCCUUUAAAAAAGGUUUUUUAAUGUCUCGUACCAUGUUUUUAUUUUACAUCUCAUAUACAUGCUUAAAAUAUGCUAUUUUUAAACAGUCUUAGAAAUGUCUAUACUGCUGUUUCAUUUCAUGUUUUGAAAGUUUACAAGAAGGAAUAUUUUCUAAGAAAUAAUCUGAUGCUAGGUUUGCUAGCUUCCUAUUAUGUUAUGUAAAAAUAAGUCUUCAGUGUUGCUAGCAAGCUAGCUAAUAUUUGGUAUUGUAUCGUUUAAACCAGUUGCUAGCAAGCUUGGUAACUUUCGGAUUAAUAUUUUAUUGUAAGUAACAGUGAUCAGUGUUUCUAGCAAGCUAGCUAACCCUAGGCUAACUUCUAUAUUGUGUAACACAAGAUCGAUUUGUGAACUGGCGAAGGUGCUAAUUGUCGCUGUUUAUAUUUUGUUUACUAUUCUUUCAUAUCAUGAAGGAGUAAAACUGAUUUCUGUAAUCAGUUUCAGCCUUUUAUUUACAUGUAAAAUGUAUUCUAUCUCUUUAUUCCCUGGUUAUUUUUCCUUCACCAACUAGACUCCAUAGCUUAGAUCCUUUUUCUCCAUGUUUCUGUACUGUUGUUUUAUUCAUCCAUGCGUGACAUUUUUUUCUUACUGUGAUCCAAGCUUGUGUUCUGUCAGAAAUCUUGUUCAUGUGCAGGACCAGUCAGGUUUCAGUGUUGCUCUCGAUGUUGCACUUCCUCCUCACCUUUUCAUAAAAGCGAUGAUGUAUUAAAUCUCUGGUCUAGUGUGUAUCUGUACAUGUGAACGUAUGGACGUGUUUAAAAGGGUGAAAGAAUUUUGUGUGUGUAUAUAUCUAUAUACAUGUUUGUGUCCUUAGGUAAGAUGUGAUGGUGUAACGGGGUAUUUUGGGGAAAACAAAAAAGCAACAAUGAUGCUUAUUGUAUAGACCUGAAUCUUUCUUUGUGAGGGCAGCUGAAUUAAAUAAUCCAAGUUGUAGUAACCUGCUGUUGCUAACCUAAGAGCAGGUUUGUUUUCUCUUAAGAUUGUUAGUGGGAGACUUUUGAGUUGAACAGCCUGAUCCGAGAUCACAGGAAGACAACUUCUACCUAAAGCUCUUUGAAAUUGACUGCAGGCUAACUGCCUCCACGAGUACCAGGCACUGCCAAUAUGUGUUUGUAGACAGUUUCUAGGUGUGAUUUUGGUGGGUGAGAGGGUAUUAAGGGGAGGGUGGGGGUCCAUGUGUCUGUCUGUCUUUGAAAGACAGUUAUCCCACCUUGUCAUGACCUAUGACCUCCCCGAUAGAAAUCUAACAAUAGCAAUGCGGCUCACAUUGUCAGUGGGCAAGCAAAUAUUUUUGACUGUUAUCACAGUGUUAGGACAUUCCCUGAGGGAAAUAUUGGGUGGACGUUUUGCAGUGUACUACAACAUUUUUGUUUGUUUCAUGUACAUAGUGUAUAUCAGUCUGUGGAAUUUGUGUGGUGUACGGCUGUGUGGCUCAUAAGUGACCAAAUGUUACAUGUCAAUAAGAGUUGAUGAUGAGCUCCCUCAUGUGGACUGGAGGUGAGAUUGUCCUAAGUAUUAGUUAGGUCCCAAACCGAUCUUUAAUCCUAGUCCUCUGUUCUGUUGUAGCCAGUAUGCAGUUGGAUGUAGUACUGCCAUCACAUUGCCACCUGAUAGCGUUUUUAUAUUAACACCUAGUUAUAUGAAAUCGUUAUUCUUAUGGGCAAAGUCAUUUUAUAGUGAGGAUCUCUGUUUCCCAAUCAGGUUUUGGGUUCCCUUUUUGGCUUCAUAUAAAUGUAUUCAACUGUAAAGUAUUUGAUUUUAAAAUAUUCCCCUAACACACCGUUGUUGACACUUUCAAACUUAUUAUUGUGAGGUGAAGAUUGUUGACUUUUGCAACAUUUUGUGGUCAAGUCAAAAUGACCAUAGACUUUACAAGCUUCACUUACCAAGAGGUUUAAAAAAAAUGUUUUAUUAACGUUAAGUUCAGUAUAAAACUGAUGGGGUGUGUUGUUACCAUAUAGAAAUCCUCAUAUACUGUACCAUGCAAUUUAUUAGUGAUUAAAAUUUCUUUACAAAGAACAUCUUACUUUUUUCAGGUUAGUUUUAAUGUGGUGGGACAUAUAAAUAAUUUAGUGCCUGUUAUAAACAUUCCCUUACUAACCUCUUUUUUUAUUCUCUCUCUCUCUCUCUCUCUCUCUCUCUCUCUCUCUCUCUCUCUCUCUCUCUCUCUCUCU